AGCCUCUGGGGAGGUGGAUUUUUAAAUUAGUUGGAAGAGUGUGUGUCUGUGAACAUAGAGUACGGAGGUCUCAGAGGGGAUUCUCUGCCUGUGUGCUGGGAUUGCAGAGUGUGGAAUUCACUUGUAUUGGUCUUAGAGUGGACCUAAGAUUGAACGGUUUGUACUAGAUGGACAUUAGUCUCUUGUUCCCGAGACCUAAGAUGCGUGUGCGGUAACAGCUGUGGCAAUCAGAGCUCCAGCUAGAAGCUGCGUAGACCUUGGAUCCAGUCAGAGCUAGAUCCAAGGAACUCUGCUAAACCUGUGUAAGCCUCCGUUUCUCCAUCUGUAAAAUGGGUUUACAACCACCUACCUUCCACCGUUGCUCUGAGGAUAACAGACAAGUAGUACAUUUGAUGCCUAGUGAAGCAGUCACUCAAUAAUAGCUAUUAAUUAAUCAUUCUUGUUAAGUCAAUGAGGAACUCAAUCCCAGAGAAUGUCGCCCUGCAGGAGAACUGUCUUUAAGAUUUGUUCCAAGUUGCAAAAGACUGCCAUAUGUGGAGGGAAGGGACUGGGGUGGCAAUUUGAACACGUUAUGAGUGGGAGUCAGAGACUGCACACCGUCACAAGGAAAGUUGUGGAACAACGGCAAAGAGUGAUACGUGAUCCUUACGUAGAGUUUAUCCUGCACCCAAAACCGUCCUAAGAGCUUUACAUGGACUAAUUCAUUUUGUCCACAGAGCAGCCCUGAAGAUGCUGGUGCUAUUAACAGCUUCUCUUACAGUUAAGGCAACUGAGGCACAGAGGAGUUAAGUGACUUGACUGAAGUCAAACAGGGAAAGAAAAGCUUCUGGAGAACAUUAGCGCCCAAGAGCGUGCUUAGAGCCGUCCUCUGGGAGUUCAGGAGGUGCAGCGCUCACGAGUGCCCAUGAGGCUCUCACAGAGGACUUGGUGAUGGGACAAUCUGUUUCUCACUCUGUAUAGUGACCUUGUCGUUUGAGCUGUGGCAACUCUGCUCAAAACGAUACAGUGAGUGGAAUAGGCUGUGCAAUUGGCGGGACCCAGGGCAAAUGAAAAUCUGGGGUUCCUUGUUAAAAAAUGAUUAAGGAUCUAGAGAUGGCAAGAGCAGAGUCAUAAACCAAUCCAGGGACCCUCGCCCAGCUAGACUCCAUAGGUGGCAGGCCCUGAGACCCAACUGUGAGGCAGAGACAGUGGAAGCUUCCACAGUCUCACUUACCCGCUGUGAUAAACUCUAGGAGGGAGACAUUUGACUUCCCAAUUAGCAGGGGGGAAACUGAGACUCAGGGACGUUGCGUGGCUCCUCCAAGGCUAAAUAGUGUUUCUUCUAGAUAAAUGGCUUGAAUUGCAGUGUGUACAGAAUGUGACAAAACGCGACAGAAUGAUUUGGCCCUUUCACUUUACCGGGAGCUUCGUGGGGCCAGCAAAACAAAUCUAUGAAUACUGCUGAAGUUGCUUGCGAUUCCCCGGGUACUUGCUGAUUUAGGCUUAGAACUAAGUCGCAUUCAGGUUGCAUUGAUCUCAAGUCAUUGCUGAUAGAAAAUGCCUUCCCCCAGACUACGAAUUUGAGAUUUUGAGUAAUCUGUUUUCCUUCUUAAAACUUGGCUGUGCCUGUCCCUAUAAAUGUGUACUACCAGAGAUGCGGCAAAUCUGGUGAAACUCAGACUUGCUAUUUCUGGUUGACUUGAGUCUCUCAUCAUUGAUGUCCAUGUUACACUCAGGGAAUUCUAGAACAACAACACAUCGGAACUGGAUCUAUUUAGCACACCACCCCCCUCGGUUUUAGACCGAGAAACUGAGGCUCAGAAAGAAGUGACAUGCCCAAGGCGGCUGAAUUGGCAAAGUCACCAAGCUGGACAGUUGGUUGGGGUUUUCCUUUCUCGUUCCAGAUUAUGUCCCAGCCUCCUGGGGUGAGCCCCCUGCCAUGGUAACCAGCGCUGGAGGGAAUCCAGAGAAGAUCUUUCUGACGCCCAGGACAAAGGUACAGAGGCUGAGGUACUGAGAAGUUUAAUAAUUCCCAGUUGGAAGGGAAGAGAACUUGGACUCUAUCCGACAUCUGUUGGACUUUAGGCUUGAUCCUCGCACAGAAACUGCAAUCUGGGGAGAGGAAAGCCAGUGCCCCCCCACCCCCAGCAGCCAAGUUUGCCUGAGUGGAGCUGGGGGUAGAGCCCCUGAGUCCUAGCAGCCGCCUUGCCUCCUGUGUUUCUCCUGGACGAUCCUGAGGGUGCCCUGCGUGCAGACCAGGUGCCCAGCCUGGUGCCCCGCACGUCUCCUCCUCCUGCCCCUGGAAGAGCCCGAGCCUCACUGGCAACCCGCGGCCGCCCUGCAAGCCCAUCAUGCUGACAGAAGACAUGAAGCUCUGGCACGGCUUAGUGAUUGCAGCGGUUUCCCUCAUCCUACAGGCCUGCCUCUUUGCGGCCAUCAGCUACCUGCUCAGCAGGCACAUGGCCAAGGAGAGUGAGCGGCUACUGAAAGGGACCAGGCUCCAGGCCCCGAACCCCAGCCCUGCCCACCAUCAGCCACUUGCUGCCAAGGAGGAGACUCCCAGCACUUCUGUGUCUGAGCCCCAUUACAGGCGUUAUAGGCACGACAGCAACACAUCCUCCGGUAGCUCUGACAGCUCGAACGGCUCAGGCAGCUCGUCUCCAACCUGCCAGGCCACGAAGAAUAUGAAUUAUGCACAAGUGGUCUUUUCCGCCACGAAAGGACUAAAAAGUGAAUCUUCCCUGGACUAUGAGAACAUCAAGGAAACCACAGAUUAUGUGAACGUCAAUCCAAAAAGCCACAAACCCAAUUUCUGGACUUUUGCGAAGCCUGAUGACUCUGAGCCGGUUGAGUACACGCAGGUGGCCCUGUGAGGUCUAGGUCUUUAAGGGGGUGCUGUUCUCUAGAAAUUCUCACACUCACCUUGCAGGGGAAUGACUAUUUUUUAGCUCACUCAGCAAGAAAGAGCCAGCUAUCAGGAAGAACUUCCACGAUCAGUAUGAACGAGGGGAGAUAACAGUAGAGAAAGCAGGAACGUCUUUCUCCAUUGAAAAGUGUGAAAAAAAAUUUUUUUUAAUCAACUGUAAUGGAGUUCUGUUUGGCAAUCUUACCAUUAAAUGACUCUUGGAGCUCUUUACUGUUUGGCAACAAGCAACUUCCUUAAAAGUUUUAAAUAAAAUGGUCUUGGUUUCCUCUUGCCCAACCCGGGGAGCUGCCCCCUUCCAGAGCUGCAUCUUGCUGAGUCGUGCUACCCUGCCCUCAGCACUUUAAAGUAGGUCACUUAGAAAGCUCCCCAUCAUUCAACCUUUGAAUUCCCCGUUUCUUAGGAACGAAAGCUGACAGGGCCUUGGUAAAUACCAACUAGCAGCCCAAUCUGUGAUUCCAGGGGACAAAAAAAUCUCCCCCAAUUCAACCCAAUAAAGUGCAAUCUUCUUUU